AUGAUGACGAAGAUGAUUUUAUAUCUGAAGACGAUAACAAAAAAAAGACUGUUAAAAAGAUAAAAAAAGAUAAUAAUGACAAAAAUGACGCGAAAAAAAACUUAAAAUCUGGAAAACCUGAACAAAAGAAACUCACAUUUUUUAAAGGAUUCUUAAAUAGACCUAGUCCUUCUGCGCUUGGAUCGAAAGAAUUACCCAAAGGAGAAAAAAAUUGUCUUCAAGAUAAAACGUUUGCCUUUACUGGGGAAUUAACAUCGAUUACUAAGGAAAAAGCACAAGAUCUUGUGAAGCAACAUGGAGGAAGAGUUACAACUUCAAUGAAUAAUACAACUAGUUUUGUCGUCCUUGGAGAUGAUUCUGGACCAAAGAAAUUGAAUAAGAUUGAAGAACUCAACAUCCCAACAUUGGACGAAGAUGGACUUUUCAACCUAAUCAAGGAAUCACGUGGAAAUAGUGAACCAAGAUAUGCUGAAAGUCCUAAUAACAUCACUACUACUAGUAAUAUCAUUAAUGGUAGCAGUAAUAGAAAAGGCAAGGCAAUUGCAAACAGGUAUCGGCCUAAUUCGCUUAAAGAAUUAUGUGGAAAUAAAACUUCUAUAGGAGCUUUGAAAACGUGGUUGCAUGACUGGGAAACAAACUUCAAAACAGGCUUUAAAUGUAAAGCUAAUGGUAAAUAUCCUGCUGUGUUAAUAUCUGGUCCACCAGGAAUCGGAAAGACAACUGCCGCUCAUCUUGUUGGUAAAGAUGAAGGCUAUGAUAUUAAAGAAUUCAAUGCUAGUGACGUUCGUAAUAAAAAGACUCUGGACUUGGCUAUCAAGAUUGCCACUGGCAACAUGUCUAUUACCAGUUUUUAUAAUUCAAAUGCUACAAAUGUUGCUGCCGUAACUGCUAGCUCGUUAUCAAAUGAUAAAGAGAAAUCUGAACCAUCACAUACUGAUCGAACAUUAAUAAUCAUGGAUGAAGUUGAUGGAAUGUCAACUGGUGAUAGGGGUGGCACUCAAGAGUUAAUUCAAAUAAUCAAAAAAUCAAAAGUACCAAUAAUCUGUAUUUGUAAUGAUAAUAAAUCACAAAAAAUGAAAUCUUUUACUAAUUUAUGCCAGGAAAUUAAAUUUCAAAGAGAGAACUUGAAAAUAAGUGGUAAUGUAGUUGAUGCAAUUAUCAAAGGAACAAACACCGAUAUACGUCAAGUCAUGAAUUUAUUAUCAUGUUGGAAGCUUUCAGAAAAUAGUAUCGAUUUUGAUCAAGGAAAACAAUUAAUAAAGAACUCGGAAAAGGAUAUAGUCUUGAAUGUUUGGGAUGCAUCAGCAAAAUUAUUUAAUCCGAUCACCUGGUUGCCUAACAACAAUAUCUCAUUAAACGAGAAGUUGGGUCUUUAUUUCCAUGAUCCGGAUUUGGCCCCCUUGAUGAUACAGGAAAAUUAUAUUACCAAGCCUUGCGAAGUUGCUAGUAAAGAAUUCGUUUAUAAAAAUAUGAAUAGAAAUGUUGACCCAAAACUUAUCAAAGAACUUGCAGUGAUAGGUUGUUUAAGCAAGGCCGCUGACUCCAUAUCUAAAGGAGAUUUAAUUAGUGGAAUGAUACACGGAUCUCAACAACAAUGGUCUUUAAUGCCUUUUCAUGGUAUGGUAUCAACUGUAAUACCUAGUUAUUAUUCUUGUGGUAGAGGCCAAUAUCAUUUCCCUAGUUGGUUGGGACAAAAUAGCAAAGCAAUGAGAAAUAAAAGAGCAUUGAGUAAAAUUCAAAGCAAGUUAAGAUUAAAAUGUAACGCUAAUAAAGAUGAGAUUUUAAUGGACUAUAUUCCUGCCUUGCUUACAAAACUAUACCAUCCGUUAAUUGGUGAUAACAACAUGACGAAUAUUCAAAAAGUGAUCGAUUGUUUAGAUGAAUAUGGUUUAACAAAAGAAGAUUGGGAAACCAUUAUUGAAUUGGGUAUGGGAAGCAAAUUUGAAGCCGCAAUGAAAAAAAUUAAUUCGAAAACUAAAACCAAUCUCACAAAAAGGUACAACGUUACUCAUCAACCUAUGAUUUCUGAUGAAGAAGAAACAUUGGAUUUUUAA